UCGAGCGCUUACCGCUGGACGAAUCGUCACCGGGGGGGAGGAGUCCAUCCUGCAGCAGCCUUAAAAGCCGCCUAAUCACGGAGAAAUGAAAACACACUCAAAAGAUAGAAACGCGCAACGACUCAAAGUGAAGGUCACACACUUGUUUUUUUCCCUGCGAGGGACAACUAGCGGACUGGGGCUUUUCUUCCGUUAUUUGGUCUUGGUUAACGGUCAUUGUAGCUGUUGACACAUAGCCUACCCACGCAGACACACACCUACAGCCCAUUCGACGAAUUUCACUCUCUAUACGGGCAUCCCCCCCCCGCAUUUCAAAGGACGGUAAACAAACGAGACACAGCUGGAGAAAAUGCCGUUAUCAUUUAACGGCGUACUCUGCACUCUGACGGUGCUGAUUCUGUGGCAGGCGGAGGAGCUCGUUGAAGCCUGCAGCUGUACCCCCGUGCACCCACAACAGGCGUUCUGUAACGCGGACGUAGUGAUCCGAGCGAAGGUGGUGGGGGAGAAGGAGAUAGAUACUGGGAAUGAUAUCUAUGGUAACCCCAUCACCAGGAUGCAGUAUGACAUCAAACAGAUCAAGAUGUAUAAGGGUCCUGACCAGGACAUUGAGGAGAUCUUCACUGCUCCGGUCUCCGCUGUGUGUGGUGUUACCUUCGAUACCAGUGGCAAGAAGGAGUACCUGAUCUCAGGCAAGGUGGAGGCAGGUGGGAAGAUGCAUGUGACCCUGUGUGACUACAUCACUCCCUGGGAGUCUAUGAGCCCCACUCAGAAGAAGAGUCUGACUCAGCGCUAUCAGAUGGGCUGUGACUGCAAGAUUGUGCGCUGCCCCUCCCUGCCCUGUGCCAUCUCUGCUCCAGAGGAGUGUCUGUGGACAGACCCGAUGAUGGAGAAGCAGGUGUACGGUCGCCAAGCCAACCACUAUGCCUGCGUUAAGAGGGCCGACGGCUCCUGUUCCUGGUACCGUGGUAAUGCUCCACCCAAGAAGGAGUUCCUGGACAUCGAGGACCCCUAGUCACUUCCUUCCAGCUGCCCACUGCAAAGCCUGAUUUUUUUUUUUUCUUUCUUUUUUUUAAAGAUAAAUACAUCUAAACAAUUUGGUGAAAUAUUAGGAGAAAAUAAGUUUUGUGUGAAAGGGCAAGAUUAAUAUGAUACACAUAAAAUAUAACGAGGCAAAGCUGAUUGAUUUGAGUGAGAUCAGUGAAAUUGUUUACUGGUCCAAAAACAACUCCUAGCUACUAUCCCCUUCUGUCUGCAGAUCUAAAGGGACCUGAUGUAUUCAUAGUAUGGUGAUGGCUUUCACAGGAGGUUGGUGACACCAUAAUUGGGGAGGACUGGCUCGUCGUAAUGUCUGGAACGGAAUAAAUGAUACCAUUCCAUUGACUCCAUUCCAGACAUGAGCUGUCCUCCCCUCUGCAUCCUCCUGGGUAAUCGGUCCACAUAGCUCUCUGAAUGUUCAUUUGGUCAAAUUGCUUACACAUACUUGGUUCCUUCAGGUCAUCAAACAGAAGGUUUAGAGGCUAGGGGAAGGAGCCAGACUGGCUCAGGGUGUUUGUAGCGAUUUAGGGUCAUGAGACUGACUUGUCGAGUGAUUUUCACAUCCCCCUGAGGCUGGCGUCAGGAGGACUGACUCUUUAAACUAUGGGUGUCUCAAAUGGCACCCUAUUCACUAUAGAGUGCACCUCUAUUUUUUUUGACCAGCGCCCAGGUAGUGCACUCUCUAGGGAAUAGGGUGCCAUUUUGGACAGAGCCCUGAAAGAGCGAGGUGCACUUGAUUUAAUUCCUUUUGUGCACCUUCUGGGCAGAGAACUUACCUCUUGACCUACUGUAUGGAAUGGCUGUCCCCACCUGUUGGGUUGGUGUCUAAAUCAAGUGUAACUCUUUGCCCCUAAACUCCUACCUCUCAAACUACCCAGGUAUGAACAACCCCAUAUCUAUUCAAUGAUUGCUAGACAAUGUUUCAUUUGGUUUGAUUCAAGUCCUAUUCCAAGUUGCCUUUUUUUUUCUUCUCUCUAGUUAAAUGCUAUUUUAACUAUGUUGCUUCUCAUGCCCAUGUUAUCACCAAUCAGAUUGAUGGUGAGGCGGGACUUCCCAGAUUAUUGUAAUUGACAUUUGGAAAGAAAAUAGUUUAGUUUUUACAAGUGGUUGCGUUCAUUUUGUCUGAACUCUUAAGCAUCCCAGUCAGAGACAGAUAUGUGAAUAACAUUUUAAAACCUUCUAGAAUGCGUGUCUCACCAGCCCAGUCUAUGGGGUAUGUGAGAUGAUGGUAUCACAUUUUACCCCUGCCAUUCCCCACUCUCCAUAACCCUCACCCCUAUGCCGUCCUCCCCUCGACAGUCCUUCUAGACUCAACACCCACAUCUGUCUCCACCCACUACCCCUUUCUCUCCCUUGAUGGCUAUACAGCAGUGGUAGGCGCUAUAGGCUCAUUGUAAUGGCUGGACUGGAAUUAAUGGAACGGAGUUAAAUGUGGCUUCCACAUGUUUGACUCCAUUCCAGUCGUUACAAUAAGCCUUUUCUCCUACAGCUGCUCCCACCAGCCUCCACUGCUGUAUGGUACCUAUGCCUCAUUGGAGGCUGUGGGAGGAGUUACGCAUAUACUUUUGUGUUUUUAUAAUUAUUUCUGUCAUUAGAACUCAAUUUUAUACUUUUUUGAAGAGGAAUUCCAGUAGAGGUAGAACCGUGUGAUUCUCUGUAGUGUUCUUAAUAUAGUACCCCAGACAGGAAGAUGUGUAUCCCAAAUGGCACCCUAUUCCAUUAUAGUGCACUAUAUGGGUCUUGGUCAAAAGUAGCACACUACAUAGGAAAUAGGGUGCCUUACAGGACACAACCAGACAGCCGUGUUCCAGGCAGUCUUAACUGCAGUCCUUUGCGGUGUACAAAUGUUCAGAUCUUACAUUGCGGCAGGUAGCCUAGUGGUUCGAGCGUUGGACUAGUAACCGAAGGGUUGCAAGAUCAACUCCCCAAUGCCUGGAGAAGUGUUUAACUUCUCAGGAAACCACAUCAAUAGGAUAUAGUGUCUUAGAUGGACACAGACUCCUAACAUCUCAAAAUAAUGCUAUAUAUUCAUUUGGAUUUAAAGUAUCAGAAGCAUAAUUGUAAGAGUGGGCUGUUUUCCAUUUUGUUUAAAUAUAGAUUUUCUCCCUAUCGAGUCUCCUUUAAAAAAAGAAUAAUGAAGUGGUGAAUGUCUUUCGCUGGGAGCACGUGAGAGAAUUUCACUCCUAGCCACCUACAUGCAAGGAAGGCACUUUCAUAGAUCUAAAGAAGCUUGGCUAGAUAUAAAGACUUGUCUUUUAGACUUAUCUUUUCAAUGCCUUGGUAAUACCAUAUUUCUUCUACCUUGUUCAAUGCUUUCUGAUGUACACAUCGGAGGGGGGGGGGAUAAAGGGGUUGAGGUUGAGUACAUCCAGACUAUGCAUGUUUAAUCCUUUGUGGACGUUCAGUUGCUGGACAAAAAUAUACGACAGUAUUAUCAAAUAAAACCAAACCUUUUGAAAACUU